AUGCUCCUUCUAGCUUCAGCUUUUUUUCUAGCACUACUGCAGUGCUCUAAUGCCCAAAACAAAACAAGCAUUACACCUGCAGACUGUAAUACCAUUGAAACAUAUGCAGGAGUGGCCCUGGAUUUGGUCAACAAACAUCGCAGAGAUGGCUAUGUUUUUGGUUUAUUCCGUAUUGCUGACGCACACGAACUACAUACAGGAAAUAGAUCAGUCCUCUACUUAACUCUGGAUGUGCUGGAAACUGAAUGCUCUGUGUUAUCCAGAAGACACUGGGAGUCUUGUGAAUACAGUGACGCCUAUUCCAUGGACUUUGGGCAAUGUAAGAUUAUUACAUACACAAGCCAGCUGCUGAAGAACCCUCAACUGUAUGGAUUUAAUUGUACAUUAAGUCCAGUUCCUCCAGAUUUACUAGAGUGCAAAGAUUGUCCUGUGAAAGUCGAAGUCUUAGAAGUCACCAAGCAACAUAAAAGUAUUGCUGCAAAGGCCCUGGAGAAAUUCAACAGUGAGAGCAACCACACAAGCUACUUCAAUGUGGACAAAGUUGAAAAGAUUUUAAAGAUGACUGCCUCCCGUGAAGGUCACAUUUUAGGAUUUUCUAUAAAAGAGACCAACUGUUCGAAAUCCAUACAACAAGCAGAUCCGGCAUUGGAAUGUGAUUUUCUGGAUGACUGGCACGCUCAAAAACACGUGGGAUUCUGCAAAGCAAGAGUUAUCAGUGAUCCAGAUGAACCAGAUGGAACAGACAUAAGCUGUGAAAUCUACCCUCCCUGGCGGCACGACUAUGGGCAAAGAUGCAGACAUUCACCUCUGGGACACCCACACAGACAUCCCCAUCUCCAUCAUCACCGACAUCGUCACAGACACCAUCACAAGCAUCAUUACAGGCACAGAUGUCCACCUCCUUCUCAACCCAGACCUGAAGACCCCGAGCAUAGCCAUAGCUUCAACAAAGAAUAUCAAGACAACCAUGAAGGACCUGCUCAUCCUCCACCCCCCCACGGUGAACCACAUCACCACCUUCACCCUCCACACCAUUGUCCUCCACCCCCUCCCCAUUGUGGACCACAUGACUACCCUCCUCCUGCUCCCCAUGAUGAACCACAUCAUCCUCCUCCAUCCCAAGAGGAAUUACAUAAUCUCCCUUCUUCUCCUCCUCCCCAUGAUGAACCACACAAUCCUCCUCCUGGUCCCCCUCCUCAUGGACCACACUGUCCUCCCCCUCCUCAUGGACCACAUCACCACCAUCAUCCUCCCCAUCAUGGACCACUCUGUCCUUUUCCUCCUCAUGGACUAAAACACCACUAUCCUCCUCCCCAUUGUGGGCCACACUGUCCUCCUCCCCCUCCUCAUGGACCACAUCACCACCCUCCUAAUCCUCCCCAUGAUAGACCACAUCCUCCUACCCAAGAGGAACCAGAUCAGCCUCCUUCU